AUGAAGCAAAGUUUCCUACUCGCGAUGGCCGCCAGCCUGGCGGCAGCACUCCCUUCCCCAUACCCGGACCCAGGUCCGAUCGAGCUCUUCAACGUGACGGAGGCCGAGUUCGACCACGCGGAGCUGCUGCAGGCGCGGGCGCGCGGGCCGUGGAACGGGCCGGUGAUGGACGUCAGCUUCCCGGACCCGACGCUCUUCAUCGACGGCAACGUCUGGUGGGCGUUCUCGACGUCGAACGGCAAAAACGGGCACAUCCCCGUCGCCAAGUCCAGCGACGGCGAGAAGUGGUCCCUCGCCGGAAUAGACGCCAUGCCCGACGUCGGGCCCUGGGUCGACCCCAAGGACCGGGGCAUCUGGGCCCCCAGCGUGUUCAAGAACGACAACGGCAAAUACGUCAUGUACUUCUCGGGGAAGCGGAACGGCGGGCGGCGGUGCGCGGGGGUGGCGGUGGCGGACUUGCCGCAGGGGCCGUACAAGGUGACGAGCAGCCCGCUGAUCUGCGACGACGCGGGGGGCGGGGUGAUCGACUCGGUGCACUUCUUCGACGGGUCGCAGCGGUGGGUGAUCUGGAAGGUGGACGGCAACGCGCUCGGCGGCAAGACGACGUGCACGGGCGGGCCCAGGUCGGCCGACUACAAGCCGACGCCGAUCCGCAUCCAGCGCGUCUCCCGCGACGGCCUCACCCUCCAGGGCCAGCCCAAGACCAUCCUCAACCACCUCGGCGACGUCGACGACGGCCUCGUCGAGGGCCCCGCCAUGUGGAAGCGCCGCCCCGGUUCAUACGUCCUGUUCUACAGCACGCACUGCUACAGCAGCGACAGCUACGACAUCCAGUACGCGUGGGGCACGUCGCCGGACGCGGACUUCGGGCACCGGCGGAGGCUGGCGCGGUCGGGGCCGAAGCAGCCCAUCUACGGGCCGGGCCACAUGGACAUCGCGUCGGACGGCACGACGAUCGCCUUCCACGGCCGCGACAAGCCCGGCAACCCCAAGGACACCAAGCGCCGCAUGUACAUCGGCAAGAUCAAGUUCCCCACCGGCGAGUACAGCGACGGCAUCAGCGUCAUCAACUACAAGGGUUGA